GGAUUGUAAUUGUUAUGCUGAUUUAUUGGGACAGAGAUCGAGUCAACGGCAGAUUCGGUUGAUGGGGUCGGGCUCCAGGGUGGGAUUGAGGGCAGCCCGGGCGGGGGCUGGGUAUUUGGGCCCGGCCCGGGUUGCUGUGGAGACGGAGCUGGCGGGGCGGAUCUGGCCUUGGAGGCGGGGUUGGGGACGUGUCCCUGCAGGAGGACGCGGCCCACAGCAGGGCGGGAUCGGGCUCUAGCUGCAGCUCCGGCCGAGCCCGUGAGUAGGCCGAGGCCUGACGCUAGGCACCAUGCUAGACUUCGCGAUCUUCGCCAUCACCUUCGUGGUGUUCCUGAUGAGCGCCGUGCUCUACCUGUACCCGGCAUCCAGGCAAGCAUCUGGCAUUCCAGGAAUGACACCUACAGAAGAGAAGGAUGGGAAUCUUCCAGAUAUUGUGAGCACUGGCAGUCUUCAUCAAUUCCUGGUUAAUCUUCAUGAAAAGUAUGGAUCCAUUGCAUCUUUCUGGUUUGGGCGACGGCUGGUGAUCAGUUUGGGUUCCUUGGACCUCUUGAAAGAGCACAUCAAUCCAAACCGAACAUCUGACCCAUUCGAGACAAUGCUGAAAUCGCUGCUAGGAUACCAGGCUGGGUUUGGAGGUAGUGCUGCAGAGAGUCAUGCAAGGAAGAAAGUUUACGAGGCUGCAGUGAAUAAAGCAAUCGAGAGCAACUUCACUGUUAUUCUGAAGUUAGCUGAAGAGCUGGUUUCAAAGUGGCUUUCAUAUCCUGAAUCCCAGCAUGUCCCUCUGUGCCAGCACCUGUUGGGCUUUGCCAUGAAGUCCGUCACACAGACAGCAAUGGGCAGUCGCUUCGAAAGUGAUCAAGAAGUAAUUCGCUUUCGGAAGGACCAUGAUUUGAUUUGGUCUGAGAUUGGGAAAGGAUUUUUGGAUGGAUCUCUUGAUAAAAGCUCCCCCAGGAAGGAACAUUAUGAAGCAGCUCUUGGGGAAAUGGAAGCUACACUGAAGAAGGUGGCAAAGGAGAGGAAGGGGGAAAGUGCAAGCCGCCAAGUGUUCGUGGACUCCUUGCUGCAGGGUGACCUGAGUGAGAAACAGGUGCUGGAGGACUGUAUGAUCUUCUCACUGGCCGGAUCUGUGAUUACGGCAAAUUUGUGUAUUUGGGCCACGUACUUUUUGGCCACCUCCAAAUCAGUGCAGGAGAAGCUAUAUCAAGAAGUAAACCAGGUUCUGGGUAAGAACCCACUAAGUUUCAACAAGCUGCAGGAACUAAGGUACUGCCAGCAGAUUCUAAAUGAGACGGUCCGAACAGCAAAGCUGACUCCAGUUGCGGCACGUCUUCAGGAGAUGGAAGGCAGCAUCAAUCAACACCUCAUCCCAAAAGAGACUCUUGUUAUUUACGCUCUGGGAGUAGUGCUUCAGGAUGACGCUUCGUGGCAGUUACCUUACAGGUUUGAUCCUGAAAGGUUCAAUGAUGAAGCAGCCAGGAAACAGUUUACAUUAUUGGGAUUUUCCGGAAGUCAGGAAUGCCCAGAGCUCAGGUUCGCUUACACUGUGGCUACAAUAAUAUUGAGUACACUGAUCAGGAAGCUGAGCCUGCACCCCGUGGAAGGCCAGGUGGUGGAGAUGAAAUAUGACCUUGUAACUACCCCAAAAGAGGAGGCUUGGAUCACUGUUAGCAAGAGAAGCUAGGCCUGCCCCAAACAAGCCUGCCUGAGGAGAGCGAGUGCUGAUGAAGAGGGCAUUUUGUUGGUAGGAUGUGGCUAUAGCUAUUAAGAUUCACACCAGGAACAGUACCCAUGUACAACAGAACUCCACAGCUCCCAAGCCCUGGCCCCUCUACAAAAACCUGAAGCUAACCAUAAAGAAAUAGUGUCUCAUCACCAGAAAGAUUCAUGCAGUGAAACCUCUUUUAAGAGAUGAGCCGUCUCUUUGUAUCACAGUUGUUUGGAGUUUUUUCUAAUUUUUUUUUUACUGGGAUACUCACAACUUUCAUAAGUGUAAUAUACACAAUGAGCUGGGAAACAAUUACCUGUUUUGUGGAGCAAGAGUGGAGAAGAAGUGAUGAUAAAUAACUUAAGAUCAUGGUGAACACAAUAGCAUCAAACAAUGUUGGGUUGCAUUAAGGUGCACAACCACUUUCGUGGUAAAGGCUUUGGUGGGUCUUAUGGUGAGAUCAAGCCUGUCUUCAGAAUAUGCCUUACCUUUUGUUUCCAGUGAUAAAGCUAGUUUAGGAAGAAGCAUUGGGCUCACCUCGUGGUCCGUGCUGAGCUAGUUGAUCUUUGCCAGUGUUAUGGUGCCACACUUAGCCUCAAUGUACCUCCUCCCACUUCCAGCUUAGUUAAUGGAAUAACUGGUCAGGGAUCCCAUUCCAAAUUCCUGGCCAGGAACCCUGCUGGUGGAGUGUGGCUGUACAAAAUCAGCUGAAGCCCCAAUCGGAAUAUCUUCCUGACACUUGGCAUCCACAGGAAGUCUACGCUUGCAGCAUCCUGCAAGUCAUCACUGUCCGAAGAGGAUCUCUCCUUCAAAAUGCUAUUGGACAUAGCAUCGUUAUUUGGUAUAGUUAUCAUGAGACCAGUACAUAUCAAGAGCACUCUGUACAAAUUUCCAUAAUCAUUUAUCAAUAAACUUAUAGCAAAUA